GGCUCUUCUGGAUGACUCUCUCGUGGCAUAUAGCGCCGGCCGCUCGCUCCGUCCCGUCCCGAGGAGAGGCUUCCAGAGUCCAGUCCAGUCCAGGCUUGGUUGCACUUGCAGGGAGCUCGGCGAAAUCCGGAGCGUCUCGCGUGUGUGCACCUUUGGGAGGCGAGGACAGCCGCCAUGGCCGCCAAGAGGGUGCUCCUGCUCUGCGGGGACUACAUGGAGGACUACGAGGCCAUGGUCCCGUUCCAGUCGCUGCAGGCGUACGGCGUGACCGUCGACGCCGUCUGCCCCGGCAAGAAGGCCGGCGACGCCUGCCCCACCGCCGUCCACAAGCCCAUCGGCCACCAGACAUAUGCAGAGUCGAAAGGUCAUAACUUUGCACUUAAUGCUUCAUUCGAUGAGAUUGACGCUGCUGGGUAUGAUGGAUUGGUGAUUCCUGGAGGCCGUGCACCAGAGUACCUUGCGAUGGAUGAAAAAGUGCUUGCCUUAGUUAGGAAGUUCUCUGACGCUAAGAAGCCCAUCGCAUCAGUUUGCCAUGGACAGUUGAUUCUGGCAGCAGCAGGAGUAGUCAGGGACCGUACAUGCACCGCGUAUCCUGCUGUUAGGCCAGUUUUGGUUGCUGCUGGGGCCAAGUGGGUAGAAGCUGAUACUAUGAAGAAAUGCGUCGUCGAUGGUAAUCUGGUGACAGCAGCGGCUUACGACGGUCACCCUGAAUUCAUCAGCCUGUUUGUGAAAGCACUUGGAGGCUCCGUCGCAGGCGCAGACAAAAGAAUUCUGUUCCUUUGCGGGGACUACAUGGAGGAUUACGAGGUGAUGGUCCCGUUCCAGGCCCUGCAAGCCCUUGGCUGCCAUGUCGAUGCGGUCUGCCCUGACAAGGGCCCCGGUGACAAGUGCCCAACUGCCAUCCAUGACUUUGAAGGGGACCAGACUUACAGCGAGAAGCCUGGUCACGAUUUCGCUCUGAACGCGUCGUUUGACGGCGUGGACGCUUCAAGCUACGACGCGCUUGUGAUUCCUGGUGGGCGUGCCCCUGAGUACCUUGCGCUGAACGAGAAGGUGCUCAGCCUGGCCAAGGGGUUCAUGGAUAAAGGGAAGCCGGUCGCGUCGAUCUGCCACGGGCAGCAGAUCCUGGCUGCUGCUGGGGUUCUUCAGGGUCGGAAGUGCACGGCGUACCCGGCGGUGAAGCUGAACGUGGUGCUGGGCGGGGGGACGUGGCUGGAGCCGGACCCGAUCCACCGGUGCUUCACGGACGGCAACCUGGUGACGGGCGCGGCAUGGCCGGCGCACCCCGAGUUCGUGGCGCAGCUCAUGGCCCUGCUGGGCAUCAAGGUCUCCUUCGCGUGAGCCCUCGCCGUUAGCUCCGGGCUUUUUCCUCACAUCAUAUAGUACAACAGAGAUAGAUUCUGUACCAGUGCCUUGUCCUCGACUGUCUGUACCUGCACCGUCCUGAAGCACUGUCUCGUGGCAUUGUUGGUGGUUGAAGCAAGCAAUAAAGCCCGUGCCGUCGUUACUGGUA